AUGUCACAUGAACACGACGUUAAGGAUUUAGACGUAGCUUCUGGUGCUGCUAAAGGGCGGAUAGAACAACAUGGGAAGAACGUGACUGCACAUCAUACGUCUCACCAAGCAUAUUUAAAGAGCAUCAACAAAGCCGUGAAUGACACCAAGAAGACAAGCAGUGCCCUGAAGGAGACCGUCCACCACACUUUCCAUUCUCUGAGGACACAACUCGAUCAAAGAGAGAAGGAACUGAUCAUCGAUCUUGACAAUCAAACGAAGCAGGAACUGUCAAAUCUGCACAGCGAGCACGUUACCUCUGAAGGCGAGAGUGAACGAUGCAAGUGGACCUCAGACUACAUCAAGACAGUGCUCAGAUAUGCUUCAAACUCGGACUUUCUGACACUGGACAGUUCAAUACAAGAAACAACGAAGACUCACUUGAGAACAGUUCCACCAGAGGUAUACAGCUCACCUGCAGCUGCAUUCAAAACGAGAGGACUUGAGAAAUUGAAAUCUGACAUUUCUAACUUCGGGUCUGUCAUUGGAGAUGGAUCAGCAUCUGACGAACAUACACUUACAGACAGAGGUACACAGACAGAUAACAUACAUCUACCUGACCCGGAGAAGACACUCAAGCAUAAGCUCCAGGUUGCUACCGAGACAACACCACUACCACAGUUUGGUGCGGGGACUAAAACCUACAUUCUUGAAACAGGAACAGGGACCACGUUGACACUGCAGUGUCCUAAACUACAACUGGACGCUGCUCGAGCCAACACAAGAUGGUGCCACGUAACUACAGACGGUGAGCUGGUCAACUCGCGGCACGCCACACAGCACAGACACAGCGGCAGGUUAUGGAAAUAUUGGGGUACAUGUGCCUGCACACCCAUCCCCCUCACUCAAUCCCCCUCCACUGUCACCCCUGUCCCACACAUACCACGAUACUGGGAGACCCACACUAAGGUGGGUGUGGUGCGUAGAGGGUGUAGGUGUCUUGUCCUGGAGAUGGGUGUGGGGGAGGAGAGCCAGGUGGACAGUGAGGUGUAUGUUUCUCGACAUCGACGCUCCUGGUGUGUCAGUGUAGGGAGUUGUGUCAAACACCAGGGGAAUCUCUAUACCAUGGUGUGGCAGCAGGGGGAGGAGGGGAAGUGUUACAGUAACACAAUGUAUGACACACCCGGCACACAGGCCACCCUCCAUCAUGGCGUUGUGUUGGAUGUGGGGGAGGGGAGACUUGCCUUCAUCGACCUCGAGAAAGAGGUUGUUUUAGCCAAGGUGGAUGUUGAGUGGUGCGAGUCUCUUCUUCCCAUGUUUGGUGUUGGGCAGCCGAGUCGCUACACAGUCAACAUGAAGGUGAUAAGUGGGGCAGAUAUCACCAUGACUGACGCCAAGAAGUCACUUAUUUAUGACGCCUUGAAUUAG